CUCCAACACAACACGAGGUCCUCGUUAGUAAUGACCUACAGAGAAUUGUCGUCUAGUCUUCUCUGCGAGGACCGUCCCCAAGCGAGCCAAGUACCUCACCUUGUUCGACUCCAAGAAGGGUCCACUUUCUCCUCGUGGCUGCCUCGUAGUUGGCAGCGCAGACGGAAUAUAAAACCCCUAAUCGGCCCUGCGAGUUCAUCUGUACCUUGUUCGAUCUCCAUCGUUUGUAUCUGGAUCCACCGCUCGAGCCUGCCUCGUUAUUCAGCAUGGGCCUGUUCAAGCAUGGCACAGGGGACGCGGUCGACGCCUCGCACUCGGCCAAGGCCAACACGUACAACUUUUACGUCGUCUUCUUCAGCGCAUUAGGCUCAUUCACGUACGGAUACAAUUCAUCCAUCAUCGGUUCCGUCUUUGGGUUGCCCGCAUUCUUCAGCUAUUUUGACAUUUCUCUCACGGGACCAAAUGCCAAAAAGGGAAACGAGAUAAUCGGCGCUGCCAAUGGUCUGUUCGCCGGGGGAGGCAUUAUUGGUGCUCUCAUUGUCAACUGGAUCCUCAACAAGUAUGGCCGCUGCAGGUCCAUUCAGGUAGUCUGUGCCAUCUGUGUGAUCUCGGCAGCGAUCCAGGGGGGCGCGGCUCACGUUGCCAUGUUUCUCGUUGGACGCUUCCUGAAUGGCGUCGGUGUCGGCAUGAUGCAAGUUACCGUGCCUGCAUACAUGUCGGAGUUGUCGCCUGCAAAGCAAAGAGGUCGAAUGACGGGUUCACACGGAGUCCUGAUUGUUUGUGGCUAUGGAUCGGCCGCAUUCACAGGUCUGGGGUGCUAUUUUGCCGCGCCCCAAGUGCAGUGGCGACUAUGCCUCAGCCUGCAGAUUGUAGCGCCCCUGAUCCUGCUCAUAGGCUCGCCUUGGUUGCCCGAAUCACCUCGUUGGCUUAUUUCAAAGAACAAAGAGCGAGUUGCGCUCGAGAUCCUCCAAAAGCUGCACUCUCGACCAGAUGACCCAUCAGGUCUGGCAGCCAAGGAGGAAUUCUACCAAAUCUCCAAACAGAUCGAGCUGGAGAAUGCGACUGGUGUGCACGGAAUCUGGGACAUGCUCAAGCGUACUUCGUAUCGGAAGCGAAUAUAUGCGGGCCUGCUGGUGCAAUGCGCCGCUCAAUCGACUGGUGUGCUCGUCAUCAACAAUUACCAGGUCCUCUUGUACAACAAUCUCGGCCUGUACGGGUGGCUCCCUCUCCUCCUUUAUGCCAUCUAUACCUCGUGGGCUGCAUUUAUGAACUGGAUCAAUGCCAUGCUGCUCGAUCGCCUUGGACGGAUCCCCAUCAUCACCUUUGGUCUGACCGGCUGCAUUUGCAUGAUGAUCAUCGAGACUGCCAUGGUGGCCACUUAUGCGGGAACAUCCAACAAGGCCGGCAAUGCAGUGGGAGUCUUGUUCCUGUUUCUCUUCGUGACCUUUUAUGGAGGCAGCCAGGACGCCAGCAGCUACGUAUACUGCAGCGAAAUCUUUCCAACUGGUGUACGAGCCCACGGUCUAGGCACCUCGAUUGCCGGUCUUUUUGCGUCAACGCUGCUCUACACUGAGGUCGCACCGACCGCAUUCGCCGACAUUGGAUGGAAAUAUUAUCUCGUCUUCAUCAUUGUUCCGGCGGCCUGCCUUCCAUUCUUGUGGCGACUCCCCGAAACCAACGGGCUCUCGCUUGAAGAGAUUGCUGCAAAAUUCGGUGACGAAGUUGCCGUCGACCUCUCACACCUCGACGAGGAGCGCCGGCGCGCGCUUGACGAACGUCUCAUGGCAGUUGGUGUCGAUAUCACGGGGUCGCCGCCGAGCGAGGGCGAGGGCGAGACCGAGACCAAGGUGGCUGCCGUGGCUCACCGUCGAGAGCAUGCUUGAUUCCGCCAAAGGCUGAAGUUAAUGCUCAGGUUAAAGCGGCCUUCCCUCACCCUCUAGGAUCAUACCGUGAAUGGCAAUUAGUUCGGAUUUUGUUGAUGUACAGUAUGCCAACUUGCUAGCGACGUAAACUCCUCCAC